UGCUGGAGAGGAAAAUGAAGGAGACGAAUCAAAGCCCAAGUCAAAGCCUGGUUUCAUCCCCGGCCUGAUACCUCCAAAGAUCCCAGAAGGAGAAAAGGUGGACUUUGAUGACAUUCACCGAAAACGAAUGGAGAAGGACCUCACCGAGCUCCAGACUCUGAUCGAGGCCCACUUUGACAAGCGUAAGAAAGAGGAAGAGGAGCUCCUCAGCCUCACAGACCGCAUUGACAAGCGCAGGUCAGAGAGAUCAGAGCAGACGAAGAUCAGAGCGGAGAGAGAAAAAGAGCGACAGAACAGAAUAUCUGAGGAAAAAGCGAGGAAAGAAGACGAAGAGUUCAAGAAGAGGGCCGACGAUGACCACAGGAAGAAGAUGAUUCUGUCCAACCUGAGUUUCACCGGAUACAAAACACAGACUGGGGCAAAAAGGCAAACGGAGAGGGAGAAGAAGAAGAAGAUCCUGAACGACCGACGCAAGGAGUUAAACAUCGAUCACCUGAGAGAGGACAAACUCAAGGAAAAGGCGAUGGAGAUGUGGGACCGGAUGCGUCAGCUGGAGUCGGAGAGAUUUGAUCUUCAGUAUCUGCAGACGAAGCAGAAGUAUGAGAUCACCGUGUUGAGAAACCGAGUCACUGACCAUCAGAAAAUCUCAAAGGGCGCCAGGAGCAAGCGAGGGCUGAGGAAGUAACAUCGGACGUCACCGUGAGGAAAACCGGCAUCAAUGAGCGACAGGAACUGAAUUUGAACGUUUUCUAAAAAACAUGAACGCGCAAAGAACAGAGUGACGGUUCUGAAAAUAUUAUAAAAUGCUCUUAAACAGGUUAUCUGUGAGAUGCAGUGCAUGCUGAGAAAUCCAGAGGUGUCGCUGAGUCUCUGAUUUCAGUCUGAUCAUACAAAGUGGUGCAGCUCAUGUUUAUAAAAAAAUAUAAAAAAGUGUGUGAUCUAUUAUAAAGGCUUUAGCGACAGGAUUUUGACUUUAAUGCUAAAGUCCAAACACUGAAUGUGUCGCUUGGAAACCUCAAAGUGAAGUGGAGACUAAUUAACAGAU